CUGAACUCGGAAGCGUUGUUGCUUAUUUCAGUAGCUCUUCAGUAACUCCUAGACCUGUUCUUGCUUUUCCCUGGCCUUUUUGAACCUUGGUUAUCUGGCCUAUCUUGAAGUUUCUUCCCUUCACUUUCGCAGAACUAACUGGUGGCAUUUCUCAUAUUAUCCUCCGCCAUUCGUGUUUGCUGAUCUCUACAGUUGCUCACAGUAUGUCUGCGUCAGCCCAACGGACUUUGGACGAAACCGUCCGCCAGAUCCUGCAGUGCAUCGACCUGAUGCUGCCGUCUGGACGCGAGGAGGAGGCGCUGCGUUCCAUCGCGCUGCACAUUCUGAGCCGUCUCCAGCUGGGUGUCCAGCUCGAUCCCACGCAGCUGAGGGGCCCCGCAGCAAAUUCUCCAUCGCCUAGCAGUGAUGUGUCGAAUGAAAACACACCAGAAAACGACGGACCUGCUGACUAUCAACCUGGCACAUCAGCGAACAGUUCACAGGAAUCAGCAAAUUCUUCGUUGAAGAGACCUUCCCGACCGCUGUUGAUCGACGGGAUUCUGUCGAUGCGACGUCCCCGGGCACGUUCGGAAGAAGGCGGCAGCGUUCCAUCCUCACCCAAGCGUAUCAAGCGCACGGCGGCGCAGCGUCAACGCGGCAUCACCUGGGCCCAGCCGGUGGCCAGCCCCCUCCUCCGUGCACCGUUCAUCCGUCGUGUCGCUCCCAACAACAACAGCCGCGAGCCCAUCCCAGUGCGCAAUGCCGAAGGGAAACUGCUGACCUACCGCUGCCCGCGCUGUCCCCAGACCAAACCGGCCAAGGCCAAGAAGGUCAUCGUGGAGCACAUCAGCUGCCACGGGGCACCUGGGAGUUUUGGAUGUCUGCAGUGCGAUUACACCACCAACUCCAAGAUGGUCCACGUCUGGCACUUGAAGAUGCACGCCAAGGCGGAUGCGGAACAGGCUAGCGCGGGCGCUCUGCGUGCGCAGCCGUUGACGGUGCCGAAUCGCGGGAUACUCCGCAAUGCAUCCGCUCCGGCUCAGAAAUCUCCGGGAAAUUCCCUGGAAGGGUCUCCUGCCGAAAAUAUGGAAAGCUCACCGGAUGUUGAAGAUUCCGCGGAUAGUGCUUCGGACUCGGAACUACUGUAAGCAUCGUGAUCUUUUGUACCAUUUGUAAGUUAGAACAUGAGUUUGAUUGAAGUUGUGGGACACGAUCUUCUGUAUAGAUCAGCGAUUCGAUUUCAUAGAACUGUUAGAUUACACGAAAUGGGCUACUUCAUAUUUUUUCUACUGACUUAUUUGAUAUUUACGGAGUAUUAACGCUGAUUUGUUGUUUAUUUAUCAAUGCUGAUUUGUUGUUUAUUUAUCAGUGCUGAUUUGUUGUUUUCUCAGUUUCUACUGAUUAGCUUCCAUUUUUUUACGCUGUUGGAAACUUGGUUUUUAGCCCGGA